AUGUCCCACCAACAACCUCUCUCGUCGUCGGUCCAGCCGACUGACAUCUACGGCGGAGAUGAGGUAUCCGCGCUUGUCCUCGAUCCGGGCUACAUCAACACCCGCGCCGGCUAUGCUGGCGAGGAAAUGCCCAAGCAAGUUCUCCCUUCUUUCUACGGCCACAUCAACGGGCGCGACGUAUUCGGCGAUGAGUAUAUUGUGCCAAAACCGGGUUUCGAAGUGCGCAACUACAUGAACCGCGACAGCGUCGUCGAAGAUUGGGAUGCUGCCACCAGGAUGUGGGAACACGUUCUCGUCAAGCGUCUGCAGCCCGAGCGAUCAACACCUCCCAGCAAAAACGGUCUCAACAUUAGCGACGAUGGUGAUGUGGCCAUGGAGGACAACGAAGAUACUAUGGAUGCGCUCGAGAAGCCGCUGGCGGAGAACCCUCUUCUCAUGACCGAGGCGCCGUGGAACUCGCCCAAGGCACGCGAGAAGGCCAUCGAAAUCAGCAUGGAGACCUGGGGUGUGCCCGCGUUCUGGCUCAGCAAGACACCUGUGCUCGCGGCGUUUGCGGCCGGAAAGGCGACGGCUUUGGUAAUAGACAUGGGCGGCGCCAACACGAGUGUCACAGCCAUCCACGACGGCAUGGUCCUCAAGCGAUCGAUUCAGCGGUCUCCGGUUGGCGGUGUCUGGCUGAGCGGCCAAAUCCGCAAGAUGUGGGACGGCAGCGAGCCCAGAGUCGACGUUGUGCCGCGGUUCAUGGUUGAGAGCAAGAAGCCCGUGGAGGCUGGUGCCCCCGCCGAAGCCAACCUGCGAAAGUUCAACUUCGACAUCCACCCGUCCUUCCGCGCUUACGAGGAGGAGCGUGUUCUUACCGAGUUCAAGGAGUCUGUCGUCGAGGUGUGGCGCGGCCCCCAGCGGUUCACAACCCCCGGAACCGAAGAUGCUGUCCGUUCACAACCCGGCCGUGUCUUCGAAAUGCCCGACGGUAGCAAUCAGAUGUGGCGUGAGCAGCGCUUCAAGGUGUCGGAGGGCAUGUGGGACGAGACGGCUGCCUACAACAGCACUGACGAGGAGGGACGCGUGACUAAGGCUCAGACGAUCCCGGCUCUCAUCAAGGCGGCCCUCGAGGGUGUCGAUGUUGAUCUCCGCCCCAACAUUCUCGGCAACGUUGUUGUCACGGGUAGCACAAGUUUGUUGAACGGUUUCAACGACCGUCUCAAUCACGAACUCGCGCAGAUGUACCCCGGCGUGAAGAUCAAGAUCCAUGCGGCGGGCUUGACGACCGAGAGACGCUUCGGCGCCUGGAUUGGAGGAAGUAUUCUCGCUAGUCUCGGAACCUUCCACCAGAUGUGGAUUUCGCGGAAGGAGUAUGACGAGAACGGCGCCGGUAUUGUCGAGAAGCGUUGCAAAUAG